AUGCGCGUGACGUUGCCGCUUGUUGCCGUCGUCGCCCUGGCCACGCCACGGGCGACGACCGCAUUCAACGCGUCUAGUUUGCCCGUGGACGUGAACGACGUCUUCAAUUGGCUCGGGGGGGAAAUCCACAAACUCGAGCUGCCCGUGCUGAACGAAUACAUUGACACGACCGUCCAAGCCGCGCUCCGCGAAACAGCCAAGAUCGACCGCCCGCCGCUGAUGGCGCGCACCACGUCCGCGGGCGGCGCCGCAUUCACGAUCUUGCAAAUCCCAGAUUUGCACUAUUCCGGAAACGACGACACGGCAUGCCUCGACAAACCUGCUUCGAUGAAAGCGCCGUGCCAGCAACGAUACAUGGCCAUCAUGGUCGGCGCCCUCCUCGACGCCGUCCACCCCGACUUUGUCGUGUUCACGGGCGAUCAAAUUGAAGGCCAGUACGCGCCCCAGACAUGGGGCGACUCGUACAGGACCGUCGACAAGUAUGCCGCCGAAGCCACCAAGCGCAACAUUCCGUGGGCCAUGGUAUUUGGCAACCACGACGAAUCCAUUGCGCCAAAGCUCUUGAUGGCGUACAUCGAGUCGCUGCCGCUAUCGUACGCCAAGUACGGGCCCAUGACGAUUGGGGGCGUCGGCAACUACGAGUUAACGGUGCAAACCCGCGCGACCCACAACGCGUCGGCUCUGCGCCUGUACUUUAUCGACACGCACAAGGAUGGCAACGUAACGACCGACCAGCUCACGUACAUCAAGUCGCUCGCCGCAGCGCACCAGGUUCAAUACGACGUCGUGCCCGCCUUGAUGUUCUUCCACAUCCCGACCCCCGAGUACAAGAGCGGCCCCGUGCUGCAGGGCGAGCGCAACGAAGGAUGGGUGCCGCCCGCGCAACAUGGACUGUUUGACGCGAUGGUCCAAAUGGGCGACGUCAAAGCAUCGUUUUGUGGCCACAACCACUUGGACGACUUUUGCACCAAGAAGAGCAACAUCAGUUUGUGCAUCAGUGGCACGUCAGGGUAUGGCUGGGCGUACGGCAAGUCGACCAUGAGUCGAACGGCUCGUGUGAUCGAGUGGACCAAGAACGCGACGACCGAAACCAUCAGCACGUGGCUGUACUUUCACCAGUCGGCCAGCGUCUCCGAGAAGCUCGUGGUGUACGCCGCAACCAACUAA